AUGCCCCACCCAUUAACAGGCGAAUACACAACUGUGGAGGCGCGUUAUCGUAGACUGGUAAGCUUGGGAGCAGAUCGAAUUUCUGACGUCGCUCUCGAGGAUCGCUGGAGGAAUCGCUCUGAGUUCGUGCGCGACCUGGAACGAUUGGAGCAGCUUCGUCUCGAUCUUGGUCCCUCACCGGCCUCGAACAAUCAUUAUGAGCCAAGUCUAGACCAGACAAGGUCGCUCAUCGAAUUCGGUGCCCUCUCGAACAAACUCAUGCGUGACACUAGUCACUUGAGUCCCACAGAGACCUUGUUUAUGCACAACGAACGGCCAAGGAGUGCUGCCCUCGACAGCAUUGAUCCGCAGCUCUUGCAAGAGGCAAGAGUGUUCUCACUUCUCUCGAACACAACUGAAAGGGACGCCAGGCAAUCGCUUGAGAGCCCUGAACGAGCAGUCAAGGUGAUCCUUGGAGACUACAGACAUAAUCGGUACCAGGCCAUCUACGACCGCAGCAUGCAGUCAAAUCCGAUCGCCAUGGGUGCCCGGAUGAUUCGCAUGUUCCGAAACUCCCUUCAUCGGCGCUCGCCACAGUGGAAGGAAGCAUCCCAAACGGCGAAGAUGGAAGUCGUGAGGGAGACACGGAGGGCGUUUGAGUGA